AUGUCAGUUUUACCUUCUUUACAAAAGAAGUCAGGUGGUAAAGUUCUUUUGGGUGAUAACUCAUCCUCUCAUAUUUCCCCAAAAGUUAUUGAAGCUUGCGAAAAAAAUGAAAUCAAGUUUGUUUGCUUACCACCUCAUAGCACCCACAUAACUCAACCUCUCGAUGUUGCUUUCUUUAAACCCCUUAAAACAGCUUGGCGUAAAAUAAUGAACGAGUACAAAAAUUCUUCUGCUGGCCGUAACAAGACGUCCCUCGACAAACAACAUUUUCCACAACUUUUAAAAAAGUUGGUAGCUGCUGUGGAGCCGAAUCAAGCUGCCAAUUUACAGUCAGUUUUCAGAAAGUGCAGCUUAUCUCCAGUAGAUGUCAACGAAGUCUUAGCACAAUUUAGAGACAGAGAAUCCUAUGAUACAGAGGCACUAGAAGACAGCUUCCAGAUUUUCUUACAGGACAAAGUUUACAGUGUUUUGAGCUCUGAAAGCGUCAAGAAACGAAGAAAAAAGCUGACUGUUCCUGCAGGUAAAAGGUGUUAGCACUGAAGACAUAGAAGACAAAAACAACAAUAAAGGUUUACACGCUGCAUCUGGAAGCAAAGUUAAUGCUGAGCAGAAUAAGAGAAAAAAGAAGAGGACACUUAUCACAAAGACCAAAAAGUCAAAAGCUGAGUCUGAAGAGGAUCCAGAUGAUUUUUCCUGCCAUGAUGACAGUUCCACUCUAGAAACAUUCAGUGAUUUGGAAAAUGACUUAAGCAACCGAGAGGAAGACAGUAAGAAAUCUAGCUCAAACAAUUGAACACCAGUAAGAAGAGAAGAAAAUGAAUUCGUUGUCUUCACUUACGAAGGAGAACUUUUUCCUGGACAAAUUACAAAGGUCAAGAAAAAUGGCGCAAUCGUAAAAUCAAUGGUGAAAACUGGAAAAGCAUGGAAGUGGCCCGACGGAUGUGAAGAUAUAUUAUACUAUGAAUGGAAUGAUAUUCUGUCUCAUAUCAAGGAACCCAAGAAAGUUAGCAAAACUAGAAAACUGUACAGAGUGCUUGAAUUGGACUUCCAAUGGGGCUAAUGAACUAUUUUCUUAUUGUUCAGAAAUAUCUUUUUUCCAUUUUUUUAUUUUAAUUUUAAGUUGAUUUUUAAUUGUUUUUUUUACUGUGCCUCUAUUACAUGAACUAACAUUUAGUUCAUUACCUACCAACUUAAGAACUUAUUUUGUGUUAAAUGAUAUAGGUUUACCAUAAGAUUGCAUUAAAAGUGUUAAAUACGAAAAGUAGGUAUGGUAUAUUAAUGAUUAUCCUUUCUACUUUAAUGAUUCUAGGUUUAAAUUAAUGGUGAACCAUUUACUGAUAAAAUAAUGAGGUUACUUUGCACUGAUCCAGACUAACCAUAAGAAUUGUAUAGGUUUUUCAAUACGGUGCAAAAUAACCCCAUGCCUGAGUAUCUUUGCACAAAUUUUCAAAAAUCUGG